AUGUCCGAGAGCUCGUAUCAACCUUAUCCCUUUGCCGCCAGGCACGGGACUUAUGGGUAUGGGCCUAACUGGGAACACGGUGUGACUCCUUAUCCUAAUGACGCGUAUUACAACAACAAAACGUAUGAUGUUGAUUAUUGGAAAGAUGAUUGUGAAGAAAACGCAAAUAACCCGAGCACAAAACAACAAACAGGAUUUGAUGAAAGCAACAUAGACCCCACAUUCUUCACCGAUCCUUCUAUGGUAAAUCCGAGUGCAACGUUUCAACUAGACUUUUUUAAAAAGAAGGCUCCCAGUGACGGAAAUGAAAUGUUCCGACGCGCGGAACGAUAUACUCCCAUUCAACCGAAUCCCGGUUACCUCCCGAAAUACGGUGCAUCCUCUGUAAAUGAUGACGACGAUUGUUACUCGGAGUCAUCGCAAUCACCCUCCUCCUCAUAUUCUUGGAUGCCUUCCUCACAUGCUUCUUAUGUUAAUGAUGAUGGUAUAACACCGAAUUCAUCAAAACAAGGUGAUCAUUGA